CCCAACCCCGCUAUCUCACUGUCACCUUUCAGGAGCCGGUCUCUGCUCCAGUCAUGGUCCCAGGCACCGUUUCCAUCAUCCUUGCCCCUGUGGCUGCCAGCUCCAAGCCCCCAAGGGAAUAUCACCACCCCACCUAGUGGCUUGGAGCCAGCUUCUCCCCUAAUGCUUCCACGCACUGAAGGGCCUUGGUUAUUCUUCUGCGGGGACAGCGGCUGUGGAGGACCCACACAAACUGUGACAAGUGGUACACAGGCAGCAGCCUGGUGGCGACAGUGGGGGGCGGGUAGCCCGACGACCAAAGAUGCUUGGGCUGGGGACCGAGCACCUGCUCUCCGCAGGACCUUAGCUUACGGAGCCGCGGGGAGCAAAGGCGCCAAGAACCACCCGUGGCGGGCGCAGGGCGUCUUCGUCUCCGCCCUCUUCUCCCUUGGUCGCAGGGAGCCGCUUUACAUCCUAGUGGGGCAGCGGGGAGAGGAUGCCUGUCCCCGAGGGAGCCGGCAGAGCCAGCGCGUCUGUCUCGGAGAGACUCGGACCGCUGAGGAGCACGCGGCGACGGAGGGGGCCGAAGGGGUCCCGGGGUCGCGGCGCUGGGCGGGAGGCGGGGGCGCCACCCACAUCUUUCGGCUGCGCGUCGGCGAGCUGGAGCCCCUGCUGGUGGCGGCCGGAGGAGGCGGGCGGGCCUACCUGAGCGCCAGGACCGAGGCUGCCCCUGAGAAACUGGAGAGCCGCUCGGCGACGCCCGGAAGCAGCGGGAGAAGCGGGGCCGCAGGUGGAGGGGGCGGCUGGACAUCGCGGGCCGCCCCCUCUCCGCAGGCCGGCCGUCCACUGCUGGAGGGGGCGGGGGGCGGGGGGGCGGCCAGGGCUGCGCAGAGGCCUGGGCUACACUUGGCCGGAGGUUUCGGGGGCGGCGGCGGGGCCUGUACUGCGGGUGGAGGCGGCGGCGGCCGCUACUCGGACAGUUUCCAGGCCUCAGAGACUGACAUCCUCUGGGUUGAUGGAGAAGAUGGGGUAUCCUUCAUACACCCCUGCAGCGAACGCUUUCUGCAGCCUCUGGCAGUCAUGGAGAGCCACAGAGAGGUAGAGAUCUGACUCCUCCUCAGCUGUAGUCAUUGCCAUUGCCAGUGGCAGGCAGAGCUCUGGUUAGCCAAAUGCAUGUGCCCAGGGGGCAUGGAGCUAGCUGCAGGUAACAUUACAUGCAUGGUACAGGUAAACCUGCCCACCUCACCAGGCCCUCUGGUUCUGUUGGUGACUGUUGUGACCUCUACAUUGAGCCUCCUUAUGGUGUGUGGGGUUCUUAUUCUGGUGAACCAUAAGAAGUGGCAGGGCCUGUGGUAGAUGAGGCUGCACGACCCUGAGCUCAAGCUGAGCUACCUUCAAACCUCCACCACCAGGACACCUCUCAACCUCUACUACUGCCAGGUGGGGUUUGGCCCCGCCCAGUCCUGGCCUCUGCCCCCAGGACUUACAGAGGUUUCCCCAGCCAAUGUCACUCUGCUCAGAGCACUGGGCCAUGGCGCCUUGGGAGAAGUCUAUGAAGGACUGGUAAUUGGCCUUCCUGGGGACCCCAACCCCCUGCAGGUGGCUGUCAAGGGGAGAGGGACCCUGCCAGAACUCUGCUCUAGUCAGGAUGAGCUGGAUUUCUCACCGCAUCAGUGACUGGGGUAUGUGCACCUCCCACACAGCACAUUCAACCAUCAGAACAUUGUGCGCUGAGUGGGGCUCAGACUCUGGACUGCCCCUCGCCUAAUUCUGCUGGAGUUGAGGUCUGGAGGGGACAACAGUUUCCUGAGGAACAACCGGCCACACUUGGACCAGCCAUCACCUCUGGCCAUGUGGGACCUGCUCCAGCUGGCUCAGGACAUAACCCAGGGCUGCCACUACCUGAAGGAAAAUCCACAGGUUGGGAGUGAUCCUGGCUCAGAGCAGGCUCUGCUGCCAGUCAAGUAGAUGCCUGAAGAGGCCUUUCUGGAGGGCAUUAUUUUCACAUCCAAGACAGACUCCUGGUCUUUCGGGGUCCUGUUCUGGGAAAUCUUCUUAUUAGGCUACAUGCCCUACCCUGGGUGCACCAACCAGGACAUACUGUACUUUGUCACUGGAGGGGGACAGAUGGGCCCUCCCAGGGGCUGCCCAGGGCCUGUGUACUGUACCAUGACACGGUGUUGGCUGCACCAACCUCAGCUGUGCCCCUGUUUUGCCAGCAUCUUGGAGCAUCUUCAGUACUGCAUUCAGGACCCGGAUGUGCUGAAUUUAUUCCUGCCAAUGGAGCUACUGCCCACUCUGGAUGAGGAAAAGGCUUCUGGGCUGGGGAGCAAGUCUUUGGAGGGCCUAAGAUUCCCCACGGGCCCAGGAACUGAAUCUGGAGAGCUUAAAGAGCUGAAUAGGGAGCCUCCUUGGCCCCUGACUGCCCUCGAGUCCCAAGACCCCAAAUCCAGGGACCUCCAACCUCAGAACCUUUGGAAUCCCCCCUAUGGCUCUUGGGCCCCAAGGGGCCUGGAAGUCUGUACUGCGUGUCUGGGCCUGUCUCAGAACUGGCCAGGCACCAGUGGACUCCCCAUCCUGGAAACCAGCCCAGGCUUCCUGGAGAAGAGCUUGGACACUCCCAGCCUUUGA